ACCUGGUGACGGAGUAGGUAUUUUACCAAAUGUUUAGUGUACCCAUGGGAGGGAGUUAAAUUUUACACAAUCCCUGAGCUGGCGAAGUCCGAGCCUGCCCCAUAGAAGGAUUCUUAGAAGCUGCCAUCAACAAACAGAAGGAGGGCAAGGAGCGCAAACGCUAAUGAAAGGAGAGCUUCUGGCAAGUGUAUAACGUGCUGAAGCAGAGAUCUGAAAAUGCCUGAGCCCGCCAAGUCCGCUCCCGCCCCGAAGAAGGGCUCCAAGAAGGCCGUGACCAAGGCCCAGAAGAAGGACGGCAAGAAGCGCAAGCGCAGCCGCAAGGAGAGCUACUCGGUGUACGUGUACAAGGUGCUGAAGCAAGUGCACCCCGACACCGGCAUCUCCUCCAAGGCCAUGGGCAUCAUGAACUCGUUCGUGAACGACAUCUUCGAGCGCAUCGCAGGCGAGGCGUCCCGCCUGGCGCAUUACAACAAGCGCUCGACCAUCACGUCCCGGGAGAUCCAGACGGCCGUGCGCCUGCUGCUGCCCGGGGAGCUGGCCAAGCACGCAGUGUCCGAGGGCACCAAGGCCGUCACCAAGUACACCAGCUCCAAGUGAGUUCGCAUAACUCACUCCAAACCCAAAGGCUCUUUUCAGAGCCACCCAACAGUUCAAAAUUGAGAGCUAUGCGCUUGUUCUUAGUACCCGCAAUACCACCUUUAUAUGGUUCUUUAUUUACUGGGACAAAGUUCCUCUAGUCUAUUCAGGCUCUUCAAGUAUUUAAGAUAAAACUGCCAAAUUGUCUACUUCAGAGAAGAGAGGCUACAUUUCUGUUCUGAAUAAAGAACCCCGAA